AUGCGCGAUGGGGAGAGGUGCCGGCUUGAUGUCUCAACAUGGGACGCGUCGCCUUCGCAGCAGCAGAGCCAGUCACCGUACGCCACGGUGAUUGGCGUCGUCGUGGGCGAGCGCCGCCACCUGGACGACGCCACCCGCGUGCUCUACUACUUUCACACCAUCCGCAUAGAGCGCUCUGUUGACGCAGUGACUGCGGAGCGGAGCGGCGGCAGCAGCAGUGGCGGCCUGCUGCAGCACCAUCGGCGCGAGAAGCGGGAAGAGCUCUCGGUGGGGCCGCACGCGCUUAGCUCCGCUGGUGGCUUCAAGUACAGUUUUGACGGCUGGUACGAUGAGAUAUUCCUCUACAAGAUUGACGAAGACCCACUGGAGCCGCUGCCGCGCGAGUGGCGUGUCGCGAUGGAGCAGGACACGUCGCCAUGUGAGUUGCUGUACCUCUGUUACGCGAGCCGGCCGUGGUUUCAGUCGCCGUUCGCGUCACUGCAGUAUGUGCAGAUGCCGGACCGUCACCUUUGCUACUCUGUGUCUGUGUGCCAUCGCUGUCUCUCCCCGUUUGUCUCGCAGCAGCAGCUGCAGGAACAUCUGCUCGGCUACUGCCAGUGCCGCCGCCCGCCUGGCGUGCUGCUGUACGACGAUACGAAAUGCGGCCGCCGCGUGUACUAUGUGGACGGCGCACAACAGCUGCACUACGGCCGCUGCCUGUGCCUCCUCGGGAAGUCCUUUCUAGAGAGCAAGCAGGUGGAGAAUGACGUGGACAUCUACGAGUUCUUCGUGGUCACCACACCGCGGGCAUCGCUGCCGUAUGUGGUUGGGGAGAUGGACGAGGCGGCAUUCCGGCGCGAGGCGGCCCACUUCGACGAGGCGCAAUGGGACGGCGACGUUGUGGUCGGCUACUUCAGCCGCAUCAAGCACACGCCCGACCACUGCCUCUCCUGCAUUGUCACACUUCCGGUGUUCCAGCAGCAAGGCCUCGGCUUCUUCAUGCUGGACGUCGCUUACAGCCUCACGGCGUUGCGGCAGCGGCUCUGCGGCUGCGCGGAGGCGUGCGGCUCACGUGGCGGCGCCAUCUCGCGUCCCUUCUCGCCACACGGGCAGGCGAUGCUGAUGGCAUACUGGCGCCGGCGCGUGACGGCCGCGCUGCUGCAGCACAGCGGCACUGCCCCCACAAAAGAAACAGCAACAGUGGCAUCGGCGCCACCAACCGCAACGGAGAAUGGUGGGGAGAAGGGGGACGCUGGCGGUGGCGCCGACGCUGCUGCGCCCGUCCCGUUUAGCGGCAUCCACGCGAAGGUCCUUGCGGGCUGCUGCUGCAUUCACAUGGAGGAUCUCCGCUUCUACGCUUUCAACGACGAGCGCUGCUUCUACGCGCGCACGACGCCAGACGUCGCCGCACCCGUGGCUAGCACCAAGCGCAAAGCUGCAGACAACAAUAACAAUAACAACAGCAACAACGGUGAAAAUGAUGGGCCGCUGGAGUUUGUGCCGCCGCCGUCGGAGUUCAUUGGUUCUCUUCUGCUGUUUAAGAGCGACGCGCCGAGCGGCACCGGCAAACCGGGCUCCUUCGACGAGCGCUUUUGGGUCCGAGACGCCGACGGCCGUCGUGUGUACAACCGCACGCUGUUUCACUACUAG